AUGGCUGAAGUAAAAGAUAGAUGUACAUCAGUGGAUGGAAAUGACACUUGGGGGGUCGUUGGUGGUGUGGACGGUACAUAUUCCAUCAGGGAUCUUGACGCUGGUGAAAUGGACGAUAUUUUAUCGGUGACAAGCAGCGACUUAGAGGAUUCCGCAGUGUUGCAGAAUAAGAAAGGGAGCGUUAAUCAUAGUAACAAUACUACGUCGUUAUCCACGCCACUGGAUUCAUUAUCCAACGUUGCGCCUGCAAAGACAACAGCAAGGAGCAAUACAUGGACAGCGCGCUUGACGAAACUUCAAUCCGUUAUUCUUGGAAUUUCGUUGGUGGCCGGUCUCAUCAACAUGGGCCUCUUGACCGUUUUCAUCCGUGAUAUUAACAGUUUUACUAAAAACAACGAGUUAGAGUGUAGUUCACUAGCUUUCAAGGACAGAUUGGCUUGUCAAUUUGAUGCAUACAUGGGCCAUAGGGCCCAUGCAUACGAAGCAGCAUACGUGAAGAAAACGCCACUUCCAUCCACUUUAGCAUCAUAUUACCCUAGCUUCCCUUCUCUUGAGCAAUAUUACGAAGUAUGUCAGAAGAAGUUGAAAUUUACUUAUGCAGCAACUUCUAACUGGGUCAGUACAACGGUGAGGCGUGAAAACUUCGAAAGCGUUAAGGAAUGGACGAAGAAUGCGAAGGAAACAGCAGAAGACCGGAUCACUGCUUUCUACUCGCUAACUAAACAGAGAUUCGAUAGCUACAAGGAGACGCAAUGGCCCCGUCAACGACAAUCACUAUUCAAGUUCAGAGUAAAUUUACAAGCUGCUAUCCAUAGGUACCAGAGAAAAAUGAGGAAAAUGUACCCACUUGAAUUCCCACAUUUGCGCAAGUUUUCCGUGCCUAGGAUUUGGUACAAAUCCUCUGAUAAGCUUCGCCACCAAUACCAUAAAAUACUUGAUCUCUUAAGGGUAAGAAUGUGA